AAAAUAUAUAAAUAUAUAGAGAAUUAUAAUGAGUCAAGAAGAGGCUUGGGCUAAGUAGGAAGAAUAAAAUUAAUAAGGUUAGGAAGUGGAAUAAAGAAGAAAGAACAAAAAAAGAGUAAUUACAAAUCCAAAUUAAUUAACAGGACAUUGGAGUGAAUAAGAACACAAAACAUAUAUAGAAUUUUUAAAUAUGCAUAAAACAGUGAUGGAAUCAUAAGAUUAAAAGAAAACAAGCAAGAUUUUCAAAUUAAUGAGUGAAACAAUUGGUACUAGAAGUCCUUCUUAAUGCCGGUGAGAUUGGUUUUUUCUCUAUCUUCUAGGUCUCAUCACCAGAAGUUCAAUCCUUUUGUCCAUUCAGUCAAGAAGAGAUAGAAGGGAUUAGGUCGGAAAAGAAAGGAGAAUAGGAACUAAGAUAUAAUAGACAAGUGUUAAGAGAGUGCAUUUUUAUAGUAGUUUAUGGCUGGACCACAAUUUUAUUAAUAACCAUAAGGUUUUUAAGAUUAUCAAUUUCAAUUUCCUUAAUUUCCUUAUAUGUUUCCAAUGCCAGAUAAUAUGAGUAAGGAUGAAGAAAAAUUAUAUCAAUAAGAUCAAUAAUAAUUGUUUUAUUAAUAAUACUUGCUGGCAUAAUAAUAAAUGUAAUCGUAGAUGGAUGAGAAAAAUUUGUUUUGUUAUCUUAUGCAUCCAUAAUAAUAAGUUCAAUUAAAUUUCAAUUACUAUCCACAAUAAAUGAUAUAUCAGAUAUCUGAAGAUUAGAAUAUUAAAGAGAAUCAAUUCGAUGAAUAAUGA